CAAGAUGCCCACAACCAAGUUCUUUCAAUCAACCAGAAAAAUCAUCGGAGCAGGUGUCAACUACAAAGAAAUUUUGCGCCUCACAAACGCUCCGAAACCGGACGCUCCCGUCAUCUUCUUUAAACCCAUCUCAUCCCUGUUGGAUGUGCCGUCCGGUACUGCUGCCAAUGGCAAUCCCUCCUCCACUGCAACAAUUCGCAUACCGCGAGUCUUCGGUGGCGUGAUCAACUUUGAAGCCGAGCUGGGCGUCAUCAUCGGUCGGCGCUGUUCGAAUGUUACCAGCGACCAGGCGAUGUCGUACAUCGGUGGCUACUGUUUAGCACUCGAUAUGACCGGUAUGGACUUUAUACUGGACGCUAGACCCAAAGGGCUGCCGUGGUGUCUUGGCAAAGGUUUCGACACAUCGACACCGGUAAGCGGGUUGAUAUCACGUGCCGAGUUUCCCAACCCGAACGAUGUGCGCGUCUGGUGCGAUAUUAACGGUGUACGGAAACAGGACGACAGUACGCGCAAUCUGAUCUUCCCGAUAGCGGAACUGAUUGCGUACGUAUCGCGAUACAUGACGCUGGAGGAGAAUGAUUUGCUGCUGACAGGAACACCAGCCGGUGCGGGGCCGGUACGCCAUGGGGACAUAAUCGAGUGUGGGCUGGGCGAUGGGUUGGUGACGAUGCGUUGCACCGUGGCAGACGAGUAG